AUGGAGCAAGCAGACACAAGACAAUUAUUCAACACUUCAUGGACCCUCCAUCGUCUCUCCCCCCUCCACCACGGGAAAGACAGCGAGACCCUCUUAAAUGAUGAGACCGCCUUAAAAAUAUACGCAACGCGUCUCCGCGAUCAUCUAACCGGCGACGCUCUAGCCGGGCUACAAACAAGCACCGUUACAGCAGAUGAUGACGCGCUCUCCAGAACAGGCGCCCUAAAAGAUUGUCUCUGGCAUCCAAUCUCAACACGCGACGAUGCGUCCAGCACUUCAUUCCCUGGGAUUCUGGUCACGCUCGAAUAUGAGCAUAUAACCUACAAGGCUGCUCUGCUCUCCGAGCCGGAGUCAGACCCCAGUCACCGUGAGGGAUCGACUUCUCUCCCGCUCCUCUUGACCAGAUUCCCCACUGCGCUGCGGCAAACCUUCAUCUCGUUCUUAGCGACUAAUUUCGAUACCUACUGUUCGAAUUUCCGCUUAUCCUCUGGUUUCCUCUGCUCCAGCUUGGAGAUGUACGUUGAUGUUUUGCGCGCUGAGCGGGGUUCCGUCGAAGAUGCUAUCAAAGAGCUACAGCUGACGCUUGCGUUUUCGCCGUCUAUCGCGCCGGCUUUGAAAACCCUCAAUGUCAGUGUGUCGCGCGCUUCGUUGACUGGAUUCCUGCGUGAUCGGUCUGCGCCAAAAUCCCGCACUUUACAGCAGAAAUUGAAGAGUCCUUUUAUUGCCAAUCUUACAGAGUAUCUGGAGACACAUCUUGCUAUGAAGUUGGAUUUGGAUGAUUCUUCUGAGAAUCAGGUCUCUAAAAAGCAUGUGCGAUUGUCGAAGGUCGCCUGUGCUGCUUUUGUUCUUGGUAGCGACGGGCGCUUGAAGCUUGUUGCGGCUGCUGAUCAGGAUGAUGGGGAUAGGGAUGAUGUUGGGCUUCCUUUCGAAGCCGGCGGUGCGAUUCUUCGGUCUAUCAUACGGAGAGCUGUUAUUGGAGAUCAGGCUGCUACGUAG